AAUUUAAACGCAGACGAUCGCUUGCGGCGGGCAGACGUGUUCUCCGCUUGAGAUACAAAUACAGCAGUCACGGAUACAGAUACUCUCGCUCGGCAACAAACAAGUUCUAAAUUUAUCGUUCGCGGGAAUCGAAUCUGGUGUCUCUGACAUUAAAAAGCGUUUUCGGAGCUGAGAAGGGAACGUAAACAGUCGCCAAGAUGGGGGACAUGUUCCGAAGUGAGGAAAUGGCCCUGUGCCAAAUGUUCAUUCAGCCGGAGGCCGCAUACACCUCCGUCUCGGAGCUGGGUGAAACCGGCUGUGUGCAGUUCCGCGACUUGAAUGUCAACGUGAACGCCUUCCAGAGGAAGUUCGUGACCGAAGUGAGGCGCUGCGAUGAACUGGAGAGGAAGAUCCGGUACAUCGAGACGGAGAUCAAGAAGGACGGCAUUGUGUUGCCCGACAUCCAGGAUGACAUUCCCCGUGCCCCCAAUCCACGUGAGAUCAUCGAUCUGGAGGCCCACCUCGAGAAGACCGAGUCGGAGAUGAUUGAGUUGGCUCAGAACGAGGUCAACAUGAAGUCCAACUACUUGGAGCUCACCGAGCUGCGCAAGGUUCUGGAGAACACCCAGGGCUUCUUCUCUGACCAGGAGGUGCUUAACCUGGACUCCACCAACCGUGCCGGCGGAGUAGAUGAGGCCACCGCCCAACACCGUGGUCGCCUGGGAUUCGUGGCUGGUGUGAUCAACCGGGAGCGUGUCUUCGCCUUUGAGCGCAUGUUGUGGCGUAUCUCUAGGGGCAACGUCUUCCUGAAGCGCUCCGAUCUGGAUGAGCCCCUGAAUGAUCCAGCCACUGGUCACCCCAUCUACAAGACCGUCUUCGUGGCCUUUUUCCAGGGCGAGCAGCUGAAGAACCGCAUCAAGAAGGUGUGCACUGGAUUCCACGCCUCCCUGUACCCUUGUCCCAGCUCGCACAACGAGCGUGAGGAGAUGGUGCGCAAUGUCCGCACUCGCUUGGAAGAUCUGAAGCUGGUGCUCAGCCAGACUGAGGAUCAUCGUAGCCGUGUUCUGGCCACCGUGUCCAAGAACCUGCCGUCGUGGUCGAUCAUGGUCAAGAAAAUGAAGGCCAUCUACCACACGCUCAAUCUGUUCAACAUGGACGUGACCAAGAAGUGCCUGAUCGGCGAAUGCUGGGUGCCAACCAAGGAUCUGCCUGUUGUGCAGAAGGCUCUGUCGGACGGAUCCGCCGCCGUGGGCAGCACCAUUCCCUCGUUCCUGAACGUGAUCGAUACCAACGAGCAGCCACCGACCUUCAACAGGACCAACAAAUUUACUCGUGGCUUCCAGAACCUGAUUGAUGCUUAUGGUGUGGCCUCCUACAGGGAGUGCAAUCCCGCACUGUACACUUGCAUCACCUUCCCCUUCUUGUUCGCUGUGAUGUUCGGCGAUUUGGGCCACGGCCUGAUCCUGGUCCUGUUCGGUGCCUGGAUGGUGCUCAGCGAAAAGAAACUGGCUCGCAUCCGCAACGGUGGUGAGAUCUGGAACAUCUUCUUCGGCGGUCGUUACAUCAUUUUGCUCAUGGGUCUGUUUGCUUGCUAUACUGGAUUCGUCUACAACGACAUCUUCUCCAAGUCGAUGAACGUAUUUGGAUCACGAUGGUUUAUCAACUACGACAACUCCACCGUUCUGCAUAACCCAUCUCUGCAGCUUCCACCCAACUCCUCUGCCCAAGGCGUGUAUCCGUUCGGACUCGAUCCCGUGUGGCAGUUGGCUGACAACAAGAUCAUCUUCCUCAACAGCUUCAAGAUGAAGCUCUCCAUCAUUUUCGGAGUGCUGCAUAUGGUCUUCGGUGUGUGCAUGUCGGUGGUUAACUUCACCCACUUCAAGCGCCCGGCCUCCAUCUUCCUGGAGUUUGUGCCCCAGAUUCUGUUUCUGUUGCUGCUCUUCGGGUACAUGGUCUUCAUGAUGUUCUUCAAGUGGGUCAGCUACAAUGCCAAGACUAGCUUCCAGCCCGAGACCCCCGGCUGCGCUCCUUCCGUGCUGAUCAUGUUCAUCAACAUGAUGCUGUUCAAGAACACUCCUCCCCCCAAGGGAUGCAAUGAGUUCAUGUUCGAGGCCCAGCCCGACCUGCAGAAGGUCUUUGUCCUCAUCGGUCUGUGCUGCAUCCCCUGGAUGCUGUUGGGCAAGCCUCUCUACAUCAAAUUCACACGAAAGAACAAAGCUCACGCCAACCACAAUGGUCAGUUGACUGGCAACAUGGAGUUGGCUGAAGGCGAGACCCCGUUGCCCACUGGGUUCUCCGGAAACGAGGAGAGUGCUGGCGGUGGCGCCCAUGGCCAUGACGAUGAGCCCAUGAGCGAAAUCUACAUCCACCAGGCCAUCCACACCAUCGAAUACGUGCUCAGUACCAUCUCUCACACUGCCUCGUACCUGCGUCUCUGGGCUCUGUCUUUGGCCCAUGCUCAGCUUUCCGAGGUGUUGUGGAACAUGGUGCUGUCCCUGGGUCUGAAGAUGUCUGGUGUGGGCGGUGCCAUCGGCCUGUUCCUCAUCUUUGGCGCCUGGUGCCUGUUCACCCUGGCCAUCCUUGUCCUGAUGGAGGGUUUGUCUGCCUUCCUUCACACCCUGCGUCUGCACUGGGUGGAGUUCAUGAGCAAGUUCUACGAGGGUCUGGGCUACCCCUUCCAGCCCUUCAGCUUCAAGGCCAUCCUGGAUGGCGAGGAUGAGGAGUAAAUCCUUCUCUAUGUGCUCAAACUAUGUACAAUUAUCAGCGAACUUUGUUUUCCCCCCGAUUAUUUGUUAAAUGUUUUUGUUUUUUUGUUUAUUUUUUUGGAUUUUGUCAGUAUUGUGGUGCUCUUCCCACAUUUUUUUGUAUUCCAAGUGUUUUUAAAGUAUUCCUCACCUGAGUUGUGCCUAGUAUUCUCAAAAACGGUUUCAAAAGCAAUAAUUUGAUAUUGAUUGUUAUAAAUAAAUACUUAUACUAAUUAUAAUAAAUAUGCAGCAAAGAAGAGAA